AUGUCGGCAAGCAACUGCCUGAGAUGCCUUGGCCGGCCAUCAGUGGCAGGAGCUUCGAGAGGUGUUGUUGUGCCCGUCUUUGCGCCCAGAACGGCGGCUCCCUUCUCGACGACUGCUGUCCAGAAUGCUCUGCCGGCGAAGCCAAAGAGCGCCGAGCACCAGGACCGGUCGGUGAGGGUGUACCGUGCGGGCAGGAAGAUGACGAUCAAGAAGAAGAACACCCAGGACAGGGGCAAGCCCCCUCUCCCAGGCGAGCGCAAGGCCUUCCGCAAGAAGAUUGUCCUCAGCAACGACAACGCCUUUCCCGUACCGUGGGUGACAGAGAUGGAGGCAAGCAGCUUGUCGAACGAGAACAAGGUCGGCAGCAUUGUGUCACUUCCCCCUGCGCUGCAGGAUCAACUGCGCGCCACUGAGGCUUUCCAGCCUACACAGACUUGGGGCUUGUUCAGAAAGCCCUCGACAUUAAUCCGGAAGGAGACGGUCGGGUUGACGGGCAAGAUGGAGAAGGCGGUUGAGAACAAGCAGACGGCUCGUAUUGUCCUCGCGGGUGAGAAGAUCUCGGGCAAGAGCACCAUGCUCCUCCAGGCUCAGUCACACGCCUACCUCAACAACUGGAUUGUGAUUCACUUCCCAGAUGCCCAAGAACUCACCAACGGCUCAACCGAAUACGCCCCCAUCCCCAACACCGAAAACCCAACUCUCUACAUGCAGCAAAACUACUGCCUCAAGCUCCUCCAAUCCAUCAAAAAGGCCAACGAGAAGAUCCUCGCCAAGCUGCUCUCCGUCUCCAACCACAACGAGCUCCCCCAAAACAUCACCGUCAACCAGCCCCUCCUGUCCCUGAUCAACGCCGCCAAAGAAGCCGAGGGCGCCUGGUCCGUCUUCCAGGCCCUCUGGUCCGAACUCAACGCCCAGGGCGUCAACCGGCCCCCCAUCCUCCUCAGCAUGGACAACCUCCCCCACAUCAUGAAGAUGUCCGAGUACCGCUCUGCCUCGUUUGACAAGAUUCACUCUCACGACUUGUCUCUGGUCAGGCUCUUCACCGAGGCCCUGGCGGGCAACACCCGCUUCCCGUCCGGUGGUGCCGUCAUCGCCGCGACAAACAGAAACAACGGGCCGCGGAUUCCGAGCAUGGAGUUGGCGCUGAAGCAGAGGUUGGCGGAGCAGAUCAAGGUUGUUGAGGGUGAGGAGGCGCCCGAGCCGCCGGUGAGGGAUCCUUAUUUCAAGGGGUAUGAUGAUAGAGUGGAGAAGGUGCUCAAGACGGUGGAGGUGAUAGAGGUGAACAAGAUUGGGAAGAGGGAGGCGAGGAGUUUGAUGGAGUAUUGGGCUGCUAGUGGGUUGUUGAGGACGACAGUGGAUGAGCAGGUUGUGAGUGAGAAGUGGACGUUGGGUGGGUGCGGUGUUUUGGGCGAGAUGGAGAGGGCGGCGUUGUUGACGAUGAAGAUUUAG